CAUCCAUCAGCAGUUCUGGACAAGUCUUGGACAAGUGGAUCACAACCAUCUGCAGCUUUACUUUAUAGGAAUAUCUAUCAAAAUCAAUUUAGGAAAUGGGGCUUCUUCUUCUUCUUCUUCUUCUUAUCUGCUCCAGCCUCUGGUCCAGCCUUGGAGAUUCUUCAAAAAUGUAUUACGUAUUGCUCGUACCAGCUGAGGUGCAUUAUCCCUCCACAGAGAAAGCAUUUGUACAUGUGAUUGGAGCUCGAGAAAACCUGACUCUCACAGUCACCUUACAGUCCGAGGGUGAGGAUAUUAUGUUACACCAGCAGGACAUGACUGGUCCAAUGCUUCAUCACUGUAUACAUUUCCAGGUCCCUGCCCCAGCAGAUGGUGAGGAGGAAGUUGUAUCAAUCCAUAUUUCUCUGCUGGGCAAAUCCACUGACGUCUCAGAGAGCAAAAAGAUACAGAUACGUCACAUGGGCACGGCCACCAUGAUUGAGACUGAUAAGCCAAUGUACAAUUGUGGAGAACAAGUGAAUUUCCGGAUCCUGAUAUUUAACAUAAACUUCCUUGCUGCCAAUGGCAUGGUAUCACUAGUGCAGCUGAAGGAUCCAAAGGAAAAUCUUAUUUCUCAAUGGAUAAACCUAAGCCCCCAGCAAGGGAUCAUUGACUUGUCCUUCUCUCUGGGUUCUGAAUGCAUAGAAGGGAUGUACACCAUAAAGACACCAGAUGAACAGCAAGUGUUUCAAGUUCAAGAGCACGUUCUACCAAGGUCUGAAGUUCUCAUGAUGCUUCCUUCUGCGGUCACUGUUUUGGAUCAAACAUUGGAUUUCAAAAUAUGCGCCAGAUAUACCUUUGGGGAGCCUGUUUCAGGCACAAUCACUUCCAAACUGUGCCGUAAAGUUGUGCCCUAUUACUGGAACGUUUCUAGUCGUCCUACAGAUAUUUGCACAACUCACACAGGACGGACGGACGAGACAGGGUGCUUAGACAUGGAGGUAACAACUGCCUCAUACCAGCUUCGAUCUUAUGAUUACCAGAUGAAGUUUGUAGCUGAAGCAACCCUUGAGGAAGAUGGGACCGGGAUGCAAAUUAAUGCCACUGGCAGCAGCCGAAUAACAGCUGUGAUCGCGAAGGUGACCAUUGAGGAUGUAGAAAUAUCAGAUUCCCAUUACAAGCCUGGACUCAGAUACAAGGGGAAGAUGAAAUUAGAAGGUGCAGACGGAACCCCCAUGAAAUCUCAAACUCUGUACCUCACAGAGGAAUACAACAGGGAGAAAAAAGAACGGACGUACAUAACAGACGAAAAUGGGCAGGUGACCUUUACCUUAGAUACCAAGCCUUGGAAAAGUCAAUCUGUCUAUCUAACGGCCUCAUACAUGAAGAAAAAAACAGAAAUAAUCUACGGAGAGCUUAACCCUGUCUAUAUAGAUGCACAUAUCACCCUGCAGCCCUUCAGCACCUUAACCAACAGUUUCCUAAAAAUCCAACCUGCGGACUUGCCCUUGACUUGCCACCAGGAGCACCAAAUAGAAAUAGAUUACCUCAUCCGGGGCAGUGAGUUGAUGGGUAAUGUGAAGACCUUGGAGGUGGUAUAUGUGGUGGUUGCAAAAGGGAACAUUGUUUUAAAUGGGCAGAUGUCAAUAAAUGUCAAUAGGAACUCAGUUGUAACAGGGACUUUACAGCUGCCCCUCAUGGUCACUGCUGACAUUGCACCGCUGAUGUACAUGUUGGUUUAUACGAUGCUGAACAAUGGUCAGAUGUCAGCUGAUACCGAACGGUUCCAAGUCGAAAAGUGCUUUAACAACAAAGUGACCCUGCAAUUCUCAGACGAUGAGGUUACCCCUGGUUCAACUGUCUCCAUGCACCUCACAGCAGCUCCUGGAUCUCUCUGUUCCAUCAAAGCAGUUGACAAAGGUGUUUACUUAUUGAAUCCCAAAGCUGAGAUUUCUACAGACACGCUGUACAAUUUAUUAGAUUUGAGAAGUCGUUAUGGGUAUCCAUACAGGGUUCAGGAGCAAGACUUCACCUGCUGGAAAGGCCCCUCUCGAUACAAUAAACGUUCACUUGAAACCUUUCACCGCAAAAAACGAUUCGUUUCAUUUUCUCCUGAACCCAGCGCACCUGAUGCAUUCUCUCUCAUCAAGAGACUGGGGAUAAAAAUUCUUUCAAAUGGCAUUAUAAGGAAUCCAGCUCAAUGUCUUCAUUCGCCCUUUAAGGCCAGUCAGUUUGGAUACGACAGCUUUGCUCAUACCAUCUUAGAAGAGGAACCUUCACGGAUGGUAGAGAGACCUAGGGAUACGGCUUACGGAAAAGAUAUGUUUACUGAUAUAAAACAGACAAUUCGUCAAAAUUUACAGAAAACAUGGAUAUGGGAAUUGGUACCUGUUGGAUCUUCUGGAGAGGCUGUCCUCAACACACAGAUCCCUGACGUCAUCACUGAAUGGAAGACCAAGAUGUUCUGCAUGGGCGACAGUGGACUUGGCCUGUCUCCACCAGUCUCCAUAAAAACAUUCCAGUCAAUUUUCCUUGAACCUAUUCUCCCAACCUCCAUAGUCAGAGGAGAAACUUGCGUUUUGAGAGCUCUGAUAUUUAACUACCUGGAUGAUACAACAAUGAUUAAAUCAACAGCAUUGGCCUCACCUCAGAUGGAGAUUAUUCCGUGUGAGAACUGCAGUUACAUCCAAUGCCUGGCUCCUCACGAGACCAAGAUUUUUACCUGGAAUGUAAGACCACUAAACAUCGGUUUGUUGCCGAUUACUGUAAACAUAGAAGCCAUCUCUACAUCAGAGCUUUGUGAUGGAAAGACACCAGUGGUGCCAGAGAAUGGGGCGUCCGAUACAUUAAUCAAAUCUGUGAUUGUUAAGCCGGAGGGCAUGGUAGUGGAAACAUCUCAGAAUACAAUGCUCUGCGCUUCAGGAAACCUGUCAAAGGAAGUGAUAUCCAUUAGUUUACCACCAGAGGUUGUGCCAGACUCUGCAAGAGCCGAGAUUUUUGUAAUGGGAGACUUGUUGGCAGUUGCUCUUCAAGGCACAGAGGAUCUCCUCAAACUCCCUAAUGGAUGUGGAGGGCAGAACAUGAUGCACUAUGCCAUAAAUGUGUAUGUACUGCAGUAUUUAGAAAAAACAGGCCAACUGUCAGAGUCUAUCAGAGCCCAAGCGGAGGACUUUAUGAGACAUGGUUACCAACAGGAGCUGAAAUUUAAACGAAUAGAUGGUUCAUUCAGUGAAUUUGGAGAUAAAGAUAAAGAAGGAAACACAUGGUUAAACGCACUUGUGAUGAAGACAAUGUACGCGUCUUCCCGAUACAUCUCUGUUGAGCAGAAGCACAUUAACGAUAUAGCCAAAUGGCUCAAAGAAAACCAGCUCCCAAGUGGAUGCUUCACUUCCAAGGGAAAGCUUUUCAAGGAGUCUCUUUCACGCAGAGCAGUGAGGACAGUGAAUCACCCACAGAGCAGUGAGGAAGGAAAUAAUGAUGACGUCGCUUUUACAGCAUAUGUGGCUAUUUGUCUAUUUGAGUGUGACUGGCCCAGAGAGGAUGAAAUGUUGAAAAAUUCUAUGCGAUUCCUGCAGGCAUCACUACCACAGGUGGACCAGCUGCACACCAAGGCUCUCCUUUCCUACCUCUUCACUAUGUCUGGAGAUACAGAGCUAAGAGAGGGGCUCCUGGAGGAACUGUAUGAGGAAGCUGUUAUUAGAGAUGGACAGGUCUACUGGUCUUUUAAAACAGACUCCUCAUCAUCCAAGCCAAAUUCGUUAGAGGUAGAGGUAGCAUCCUUUGUGGCCCUUGCCCAUCUUUCCAUGAAAGCCCCCACUAAGAAAGACAUCUUCAAUGCUUCAAAGAUAAUUUCUUGGCUGUCCAAUAAGCAGAAUUCACAUGGGGGCUUCGCUGGCACACAGGACACAUUGGUGGCAUUUCAGGCUUUGUGUCGUUAUGCUGAACUGACCUACACUGGACAUCUAGAUUUAGAGGUGACGGUAACUGGAGAUGAUUUUCAAUACAAGUUCUCGGUGAAUGACACGACUCGACUCCUACUGCAAAAAGGAUCUCUCCAGCAGAUACCGGGAAACUACACUAUACAGCUCAAAGGGGAAGGUUGUGCAUAUGUACGGACCAUGCUGAAAUACAAUAUGAAUUCUGCCGAGAAAAGCAUAAUGUUCGACCUUCAUGUCAAUACCACUACGGCAGACUGCAAGGACCGAACUAAACUAUGUUUCCACAUUAACAUUUGCACACGGUAUAUUGGGCAGCGGACAGAAACUGGCAUGGCGUUAAUUGAAGUUGAUUUACUCUCCGGCUGCAGCGCCGAUAUAGAAACCAUAGCAAAGCUUGAGAUGCAAAGUUUGGUAAUGAAGACUGAAGUCAAAAGGGAUAAAGUUAUCAUUUAUAUUAAUGGGCUCUCUCAUCAAACUGAAUGUUUCUCGUUCACCAUAAUUCAAGAUAUCCCAGUGGAAAAUGUGCGCCCCCAGCUGGUCAAGGUGUUUAGUUACUAUAUGCCAGAUGAAGAGGCCUACGCAAUGUAUAACCUACCCAACUAAGAGGGAGAAGGAAUGUCUCUUGAAUAGAAAUGGGAAGCCAACAGGCACGAACACGUUGGUGUCCAGAAUAACAUCAGAGAAAAAUUCAGCUUUUAUGUUUAUUCUGUUGUCAAGCAAAAUAACAAAUUGUACACGUUAUUACU